AUGGCUCUGUCCCUAGCUGGCGAGUCGGUCCCCGGAGACGGCGGAGACUCGCUCGGGAUGAGCCCCGCCGGCCUCGCCUCCUACUUCCCCUCUUUCCUCCCUCCCUCCCAGUACUUCGAGACGGCACCCGACUUCUUCCAGCCCCUGAAAUCCCUGGGCGGGCUGGUUUCCUCCUCCCCGCCUCUGCCUCCCUUCACCUUCAGCAGGGUCCCCGCUUUCCUGAGCCAGCCACCCCCCCCGCCCCCCGAGCCCUUCCCCAGCCUCCCCUUGCCUGCCCCGCGCAGGGCUGCCCGCAGUCCGGGCGCAGACGGGGCGGCGGGGCAGAGCUACAGGUACCACUUCACCGAAGAGGAGCUCAACGCUGUGCUGUACGGGGCCCUCCGGAGCAGUCAGCCGACCGGGAACCUCCACGCCAUCUCGGGGCUCCGGGUGUCCCCCGCCAGCUCGGGUAAGGGGGUAUUCGACGGCGGCGAGAGGGGCGCACAGGGUGACAUCGGGCGGCAGGUCGCUUCUGCGCUCCCACACAAUCAGGUGUGCGGGAGGCUACCCGAAGGUAAGGCCCGGGACCGUCCGCGCUGCGCCCGCCCGCGCCGCGCCGCGCUCAGCCCCCUGUCACCCGCAGGGCUCGCGGUGCUGCGGGUGGCCUACGGGGACGUGUCUCAGCUCGGAGUCUUCUGUACGGACCCCAUCCCGAAAGGAGUCCGCUUCGGCCCUUUCCAAGGCAAAGUGGUCAACACGAGCGAGAUCAAGACUUACGACGACAACUCGCUGAUGUGGGAGAUCUUUGAAUACGGUGGCCUGAGCCACUUCAUAGACGGGAAGGGCGCCGCUGGCAACUGGAUGUCCCUGGUGAACUGCGCCAGGUUCCCCGAGGAGCAGAAUUUGACGGCUAUCCAGUGCCAGGGACAAAUCUUCUACGAAAGCUGCAAGGAAAUCUUCCCGAAGCAGGAGCUGCUGGUGUGGUACGGCGAUUGCUACGUGCAGUUCCUGGGCAUCCCCAUCAGCUUGAAGGGCAUGGUGGAGGGGAAGAAACCCCCGCAGCAUUCCGAAGAAGCCGGGGAGAGCUUCAAGUGUGAGCGCUGCGGCAAAGUUUUUGCCUACAAGUACUACCGGGACAAACACCUCAAGUACACCCGCUGCGUGGACCAGGGGGACCGCAAAUUUCCUUGUCACCUUUGUGACCGAUCCUUUGAAAAAAGAGACAGGCUGAGGAUCCACAUUCUCCACGUUCACGAAAAGCACAGACCUCACAAGUGCUCUGUGUGUGGGAAGAGCUUUUCUCAGUCCUCCAGCCUGAACAAACACAUGAGGGUUCACUCUGGGGAGCGCCCCUACAAAUGUGUCUACUGCAACAAGGCGUUCACAGCAUCCAGCAUCCUGCGCACUCACAUCCGCCAGCACUCGGGGGAGAAGCCCUUCAAGUGCAAGCACUGCGGCAAAGCCUUCGCCUCGCACGCGGCCCACGACAGCCACGUGCGGCGCACACACAGCAAGGACAAGGGCUGCACAUGCUCCGUGUGUGGCCAGCACUUCCCUGAGCAGGAGGAUUACAACUUCCACAUGAAGAUUCAUGCUGCUCAUUAG